AAUCGGAACGGAUGGCGAUAUGUGGCUGCAGGACCAGCAUCAGAGUCCCUUCCUCAAUCGGUAUACAAGACACUGGAGACCGAACCGCAUGGAAUUCAUUGGAGUUGGGCAGAUCGAAGCGCAUUCACUCACUUAUCACAAGACGCUUGCACAGCUUCUGCGAGUAAUGGAUUUCGCUGCUUAAGGGCAAAUGUACCAGUACGUGAAGGCUCCUGGUACGUAGAAGUACAGAUCCUUGAACCUGACGGACCACCUUCAAACGCAAAAGAUGGCAAUCAUAUACGGCUAGGAUGGGGAAGGCGUGAAGCACCUUUGAAUGCACCUGUAGGCUCGAAUGGAUACAGCUACGGACUGAGAGAUACGACUGGCGAAAAGGUUUACUUGGCUCGAACAUAUCGAUAUGGCACGCCAUUUCAGCCUGGAGAUGUAGUUGGAAUGUGGAUUUCGCUACCUCCAUCAAGACAGGCUGAUCCUAAUGAUCCAUUAGAUUCCGCUAGGAUUGAGAGAAAGAGAAUCCCAAUUCGCUACAAAGGCAGAUUAUAUUUCGAACAAUUGGAACUCGCGGUACCUAAGGAGAUGGAUCGAUUGAUGGAUCGUAGUCGACGUGGGGAAAAGCUACAAGCACCUCGCUUGCUGUCUGAUCCAAAAGCCAAAGAGGAAGGCGUCAAGAGGAAAGGAGGUGUCCCUCCGCCAGGCUCUGGGCCCGUAAAGGACCCAUCAGCAAAUCUCCGACAAUUGCCUACGUUGGGAGCAGAGUCUUUGAUUGGCUUUUUCGUCAAUGGAGAGCCACAGGGAGUAGCCUUUCAGAAUCUGCUCGACUACCGUCCUUUACGAAGGCAGAGAGCUGAUGAAGAGGAAAAGGCUAUCACAACGUCAUCGACAGCUGCGUCAAUUUUGAAAUCUAGAGAGAAUCAUUUUGACGAUGGUGCAUUAGGCUAUUUCCCAAUCAUCAGCUUAUAUGGUAACGCAAGAGCGAGAAUCGUAAGCAAGCGGGAUGAAAUGCGCUUUCCUCCGCCAGAAAACGUUCGACAGGUCUUGGAGGAAGCAGACAAACGGAAAGAUCGCUUCUUCAUUGAUCAAGCAAAUGCAACGCAAGACAAUGUUCCAUGUCGAGCGCUGGAAGAACGUUAUGAAGAAUUCCUUCAGGAGAUGUGGCAACAUGAUCUAGCAGAUGAGGCAAAAGCA